AUGCUCAACGCUGAACGUUUUGGGGUUCUCAAGAGCACAUUUCCCUACGCCAAAGAGUCGAUCUCUUGGGUCGUCCCCCUCGCAAAGCCUCUGCCUCGAUGGAAGAGCCUCAUUAAGGUCUUCCCGGCCUCUUUCCCGAAAAUGCCUCAGAGAUUAACUCCUAGGUUUCUUGUUGCAAUUUUCUUGAUAUAUUCAAUGGUUGUGAACACAGCAUAUCGCACAUUCCUCAUCACUGACAUUACACAUCCUAUGUACGAGCACCAGAUGUCAAGUGUGGAGGAAAUUCUGAACUCUGGCAUUCAAUAUGGAUUUCAUCCCAAUAUGAAGAAAUUUUUCAACGAUGAUACUACAUUGUCAUUCGGAGUCCGCGGCUGGUCGAGAGCAGACCUCCCGGGCGCUACGCUCGCGCGCGCGAAGUUAAAUUGA